CAGGACGGCACCAGGGGAGCUGCCCCAUGGACAGGGCCCCACAGAGACAGCACCAAGCCUCACGGGAGAAUGUGGGGCACUGGGCCGUCAGCAGGGAAGGACAGAAUGUCAGGCCGUCCUUGGCCCCACCCAUGGUCCAAGUCAGGAACCCCCUCAGAGCAGGAUCGCAGGGCUACAGGCUUGGUCAGCUGUGAGCACGGAGGAGGAAAGUUUGAGGGCCACAGCCACCAAGCUCCAGGGCCAACUGGUGGAGGAAGAAUUGGCUGCCUGGAGCUGCUGGCUGCAAAGAAGACCCACACCUCACAAAUUGAAGUGAUCCCUUGCAAAAUCUGUGGGGACAAGUCGUCUGGGAUCCACUACGGGGUUAUCACCUGUGAGGGGUGCAAGGGCUUCUUCCGCCGGAGCCAGCGCUGUAACGCGGCCUACUCCUGCACCCGUCAGCAGAACUGCCCCAUCGACCGCACCAGCCGAAACCGAUGCCAGCACUGCCGUCUGCAGAAAUGCCUGGCGCUGGGCAUGUCCCGAGAUGCUGUCAAGUUCGGCCGCAUGUCCAAGAAGCAGAGGGACAGCCUGCAUGCAGAAGUGCAGAAACAGCUGCAGCAGCGGCAACAGCAGCAACAGGAACCAGUGGUCAAGACCCCUCCAGCAGGGGCCCAAGGAGCAGAUACCCUCACCUACACCUUGGGGCUCCCAGACGGGCAGCUGCCCCUGGGCUCCUCGCCUGACCUGCCUGAGGCUUCUGCCUGUCCCCCUGGCCUCCUGAAAGCCUCAGGCUCUGGGCCCUCAUAUUCCAACAACUUGGCCAAGGCAGGGCUCAAUGGGGCCUCAUGCCACCUUGAAUACAGCCCUGAGCGGGGCAAGGCUGAGGGCAGAGAGAGCUUCUAUAGCACAGGCAGCCAGCUGACCCCUGACCGAUGUGGACUUCGUUUUGAGGAACACAGGCAUCCUGGGCUUGGGGAACUGGGACAGGGCCCAGACAGCUACGGCAGCCCCAGUUUCCGCAGCACACCGGAGGCACCCUAUGCCUCCCUGACAGAGAUAGAGCACCUGGUGCAGAGUGUCUGCAAGUCCUACAGGGAGACAUGCCAGCUGCGGCUGGAGGACCUGCUGCGGCAGCGCUCCAACAUCUUCUCCCGGGAGGAAGUGACUGGCUACCAGAGGAAGUCCAUGUGGGAGAUGUGGGAACGCUGUGCCCACCACCUCACCGAGGCCAUUCAGUACGUGGUGGAGUUCGCCAAGAGGCUCUCAGGCUUUAUGGAGCUCUGCCAGAAUGACCAGAUUGUGCUUCUCAAAGCAGGAGCAAUGGAAGUGGUGCUGGUUAGGAUGUGCCGGGCCUACAAUGCUGACAACCGCACGGUCUUUUUUGAAGGCAAAUACGGUGGCAUGGAGCUGUUCCGAGCCUUGGGCUGCAGCGAGCUCAUCAGCUCCAUCUUUGACUUCUCCCACUCCCUAAGUGCCUUGCACUUUUCCGAGGACGAGAUUGCCCUCUACACAGCCCUUGUUCUCAUCAAUGCCUACCGGCCAGGGCUCCAAGAGAAAAGGAAAGUAGAACAGCUGCAGUACAAUCUGGAGCUGGCCUUUCAUCAUCAUCUCUGCAAGACUCAUCGCCAAAGCAUCCUGGCAAAGCUGCCACCCAAGGGGAAGCUUCGGAGCCUGUGUAGCCAGCAUGUGGAAAGGCUGCAGAUCUUCCAGCACCUCCACCCCAUCGUGGUCCAAGCCACUUUCCCUCCACUCUACAAGGAGCUCUUCAGCACUGAAACCGAGUCACCUGUGGGGCUGUCCAAGUGACCUGGAAGAGGGACUCCUUGCCUCUCCCUAUGGCCUGCUGGCCCACCUCCCUGGACCCCAUUCCACCCUCUGCCUUUUCCUUUCCCAUGAACCCUGGAGGGUGGUCCCCACCAGCUCUUUGGAAGUGAGCAGAUGCUGCGGCUGGCUUUCUGUCAGCAGGCUGGCCUGGCAGUGGGACAAUCGCCAGAGGGUGGGGCUGGCAGAAUACCAUCUCCAGCCUCAGCUUUGACCUGUCUCAUUUCCCAUAUUCCUUCACACCCAGCUUCUGGAAGGUGUGGGGUGGCUGGGAUAUAAGGACUUCUGGGAGACCAAGACAUCCUCAAGAAAACAGGGGCAUCCAGGGCUCCCUGGAUGAAUAGAACACAAUUCAUUCAGAAGCUCAGAAGCUAAGAAUAAGCCUUUGAAAUACCUCAUUGCAUUUCCCUUUGGGCUUCGGCUUGGGGAGAUGGAUCAAGCUCAGAGACUGGCAGUGAGAGCCCAGAAGGACCUGUAUAAAAUGAAUCUGGAGCUUUACAUUUUCUGCCUCUGCCUUCCUCCCAGCUCAGCAAGGAAGUAUUUGGGCACUCUACCCUUUACCUGGGGUCUAACCAAAAAUGGAUGGGAUGAGGAUGAGAGGCUGGAGAUAAUUGUUUUAUGGGAUUUGGGUGUGGGACUAGGGUACAAUGAAGGCCAACAGCAUCUCAGACAUAGAGUUAAAACUCAAACUUCUUAUGUGCACUUUAAAAAUAGACUUUAGGAGCUGGCACAAAUCUGAUCAGAGACACAUAUCCAUACACAGGUGAAACACAUACAGACUCAACAGCAAUCAUGCAGUUCCAGAGACACAUGAACCUGACACAAUCUCUCUUAUCCUUGAGGCCACAGCUUGGAGGAGCCUAGAGGCCUCAGGGGAAAGUCCCAAUCCUGAGGGACCCUCCCAAACAUUUCAUGGUGCUCCGGUCCACUGAUCUUGGGCCUGGGGUGAUCCAAACACCACCGCAGCUCCAGCUGUCUUCUACCACUAGAAGCCCCAAGAGAAGCAGAGGUCGCUGGCACUGGUCAGUCAGAAGGCAAGAUCAGACCCUGGAGGACUUUCCUGGCCUGCCUGCCAGCCCUGCUCUUAUUGUGGAGAAGGAAGCAGAUGUGAUCACAUCACCCCGUCAUUGGGCACCGCUGACUCCAGCGUGGAGGACACCAGGGAGCAGGGCCUGGGCCUGUUUCCCCAGCUGUGAUCUUGCCCAGAACCUCUCUUGGCUUCAUAAACAGCUGUGAACCCUCCCCUGAGGGAUUAACAGCAAUGAUGGGCAGUCGUGGGGUUGGGGGGUUGGGGGUGGGAUUGUGUCCUCUAAGGGGACGGGUUCAUCUGAGUAAACAUAAACCCCAACUUGUGCCAUUCUUUAUAAAAUGAUUUUAAAGGCAAGAGGUGUGUGUGUCAGAGGGUAGGGGAGAUCCUUAAAUUAGAUUACCUGCAUGCCUGCUCUCCAGUCUCAUUCCUGGGUCAAGACUCAGGUUUCCAGCUCAGCAAUCCAUCAGCAUUAUACAGAUCUAACCCACCCUCACCCUGCCCCUGCAGUUUCUCCCCAGGUGGAGCAGUCCCUCAGUGA